AUGUUGUUUACAUUCGUGAAUGCGUGUUUGAAUUCUGAAUCCUGGGUUUGUGGAGUUGGAAUCGACGAGAAGAUUGGGUCUCAUAAUAUAGUUAUAAGCACCGAUUUGAUGAACGAUUUGAUAGCUGGUUCUUUUGGUUCGAUUCCAGGUAGUGAUGAUGCUAAUGGCCGCCUCGAUGGUCUCUUGUGGUAUAAAGAUUCCGGUAACCACAUCACCGGAGAGUUUUCAAUGGCUGUGGUUCAAGCGAACUCCCUCCUCGAAGACCAUAGCCAGCUAGAGUCCGGUCCUAUUAGUUUGCAUGACUCAGGACCCGAAGCGACUUUUGUUGGUGUUUAUGAUGGUCAUGGAGGUCCCGAGGCAGCUCGGUUCGUGAACGAGAGGCUCUUUUAUCAUAUGAGGAGGUGCACGUCGGAGCAGCGAGGGAUCUCGCCUGACGUGAUCACGAAGGCGUUUGUUGCGACGGAGGAGGAGUUUCUCGGUUUGGUGCAGGAGCAAUGGAAGAACAAGCCGCAGAUUGCUUCUGUGGGGGCUUGUUGCUUGGUCGGUGUUAUCUGCAACGGGUUGCUGUAUGUUGCAAACGCAGGAGACUCUCGCGUUGUGCUGGGAAGACUCGAGAGCCCGUUCAAGGAGCCGAAAGCUGUUCAGCUCUCGUCAGAGCAUAACGCUAGCAUCGAGUCCGUGAGAGACGAGUUGCGUUUGCUGCAUCCUAACGAUCCGAACAUUGUGGUCUUGAAACACAAAGUUUGGCGUGUGAAAGGGAUCAUACAGGUCUCGAGGUCCAUCGGCGACGCGUACCUAAAGAGAGCCGAGUUCAACGAAGAGCCGUUGUUGCCAAAGUUUAGAGUCGCGGAACGUUUCGAGAAGCCGAUCAUGAGAGCUGAGCCGACGAUAACGGUUCAUAAGAUUCACCCUGAGGAUCAGUUUCUUAUAUUUGCCUCGGAUGGUUUGUGGGAGCAUCUAAGCAACCAAGAAGCAGUUGAUAUCGUCAAUUCUUGUCCACGCAAUGCUGUGGCUCGGAGGUUAGUGAAAGCUGCAUUACAAGUAGCAGCGAAGAAGAGAGAGAUGAGAUAUUCUGAUUUGGAGAAGAUAGAACGUGGCAUCAGGAGACACUUUCACGAUGAUAUUACCGUUAUUGUCGUUUUCCUUCACGCUGCAAAUUUUGGGGUUGGAACUCCGGUCUCUGUUAAAGGAGGUGGUCACCUCUCAGGCAAUGCCUUUUUAUAG